AUGAUGUUCACGGCGCUGCUGCUGCUGCUGCUGCUCCUGCUGCUGGCCCUAGCCAGGCGGAGUUGGGGUGCCCAGGGCACUCGGACUCAGGGGCCCUACCCCCAGGGCCCACGCCUCUCCCACUGCUUGGGAACUUGCUGCAGCUGGAGUCUCGACGCCUGGACCCUCUCCGGCCGCUGGGGCCCAGUGUUCACCGUGCGGCUGGGCCCGCGCCCUGCAGUGGUGCUGUGCGGCUACUCGGCGCUGCGGGACGCACUAGUGCUGCAGGCGGACGCCUUCUCCGGCCGCGGGGCCAUGGCGGUCUUCGAGCGCUUCACUCACGGAAACGGCAUCGUGUUUUCCAACGGGCUGCGCUGGCGGACGCUGCGCAAUUUUGCGCUGGGAGCGCUUAAGGAGUUCGGACUGGGAACGCGGACCAUAGAGGAGCGCAUCCUGGAGGAGGCGGCUUGUCUGCUUGGCGAAUUUCAAGCCACCACUGGAGCACCGUUUGACCCCCGGCGGCUACUAGGUAAUGCUGUAUCUAACGUUAUCUGUUCCGUGGUCUUUGGGAACCGCUAUGGCUAUGAGGACCCAGAGUUCCAGAGACUCCUGGACCUCUUCAAUGACAACUUCCGCAUCAUGAGUUCCAGAUGGGGCGAGAUGUACAACGUUUUCCCCUCCCUCCUUGACUGGCUCCCGGGCCCACACCACCGAAUCUUUCAAAACUUCACGGAGCUUCGGGUCUUCAUCUCUGAGCAAAUCCAGCGGCACCAGCAGACGCGGCAGCCUGGGAAGCCCCGCGACUUCAUCGACUGCUUCCUCGAUCAGAUGGAUAAGGAGCAGAAUGACCCUGAGAGCCAUUUCCAGGAAGAGACGCUGGUAAUGACGACGCACAACCUUUUCUUCGGUGGCACAGAGACCACGAGCACCACUCUGCGCUACGGGCUCCUCAUUCUGCUUAAGUACCCAGAGGUGGCAGCCAAAGUGCAGGCCGAGCUGGAUGCUGUGGUAGGUCGGUCGCGCACCCCAAGGCUGGGGGACCGUGAGCGCCUGCCCUACACCAACGCCGUGCUGCAUGAGAUUCAGCGCUUCAUCAGUGUGCUGCCAUUGGGGCUGCCACGUGCCCUCACGCGUGACACCCACCUGCAUGGCUACUUCCUGCCCAAGGGUACCUUUGUGAUUCCUCUGCUUGUGUCUUCACAUCGGGACCCCACCCAAUUCAAAGACCCAGACUGCUUCAACCCCACGAAUUUCCUGGACGACAAGGGCGAGUUUCAGACCAAUGAUGCCUUCAUGCCCUUUGCCCCAGGAAAGAGGAUGUGCCUGGGAGCAGGCCUGGCGCGAUCGGAGAUCUUCCUCUUCUUUACCGCCAUCCUGCAGCGGUUCUGUUUGCUCCCAGUGGGGAACCCUGCCAACAUCGACCUCAGCCCACAGUGCACUGGCCUGGGCAACAUCCCCCCAGCCUUCCAGCUCCGUCUGGUGGCCCGCUGAGGGCAGGCUUAGCUGCCCUCUGUUCACUGGCUCCCAGACCUCCUUACCCCCUCUGGUCAAUAAAGGCCCUUA